AAUAAAAUUUUAUAUUUCUUAACUUAAACCAUAAGUAUUUUCAGAUUAAAAGGUUGAGGAUGUUGUUUGGUAGAUAGAAUGAGUAGUGGUAGUAGGAAUCCAGCAGCUGAGGCUUUUAAGAUUUGGACCAGACUCUUUAAUCAUCGACCUUUCCUGAAGGGAGAGGUUGAGUACUUUGUCAAGAAUUUUCAAGACAAGCGCGGGGAUCGUGAGAUAGAGAAUAUUUUUGCCGUGCUUGAGCGCGUUUCAGAGCUCAGGGAUUUCGGAGUUGAUCGCCUAGAAGGUGGUAUAGAGACGCCUUGUAAUAAUAUCAGGACAAAUCUACAGACAGCCGAAUCUCUAGUCUCCGAAAUACUACUGCACGAGGACUCGAAAGAGGUAGAGCAAACCCUGCUGGUGAGUAGAGAAGCAAGAGAGAAGGAACUAAAAGAUUUCUCUUCACAUAUUCAAAGAAGAUACUUGAAGAUCGACGAGGACUACCGGAGACGGGAGGUUGACCUCGAGAUUAAAUAUGGGCGAGGUGAGCAUUGAUCCUCGGAUCCUUCUCCGUCCUUCUCCGGAGCUUCUCAACAUUCUCCAAUCCUUCAAAGAUCCUCCUAAAAGUCUCAGAUUAGUUGCCGAGGGCUCAGGGACAGGACUAGAUACUUCAGAUUUAUCAUGGAUAAGAGAAAAUGUUUCUAAGGUUAGACAUCUAACAACCUUAUUAAAGCAGGGG